AUGUGGAGCAAAGAGAUUCAACAGGUAGGAGCUGGGAAUCUUGGACUUAGAGACCAACGCUUAGCGCUGCAUUGGAUACAAGAAAACAUUGCUGCAUUCGGUGGCGACCCGGCGCAGGUCACAAUUUGGGGUGAAAGCGCCGGGGCUAAUAGUGUUGGUACACAUUUAGUCGCUUAUGGGGGUCGUGAUGAUGGCAUUUUCCGUGCAGCCAUUAGCGAAAGUGGAGCACCAAGCGUUUAUGCAGGCUAUCAGACACCCGAUAAUUGGCAGCCUUAUUAUAAUGCAAUUGUGAGUGCCGCGGGCUGCAGUUCGGCAACGGACACCCUCGCUUGUCUUCAAACCAUUCCAGCAGAAACAUUACAUGGGAUAUUUGAUAAUUCUUCGAUCGUGCCUGCUCAUACAUUGACUGGACUUGAUGGACCGCAAUUCAUUCCUGUCAUCGAUGGUGACUUUAUUGAAGAGAGUGCCACUAUUCAACUCCGAGAAGGCAGAUUUGUCAAAGUUCCUUAUCUUAUAGGUGGCAAUGCCGACGAAGGAUCAACUUUUGCCGUUGCGGGUAUAAACACGGACACCGAAUUUGAGAAAAUAGUCACCAACUGGGGUUUCAACAAUGCUACCGCAGAGACCUUACAGGCACUCUAUCCAGAUAUUCCUGACAUAGGAAUACCUGCCACGGUGGUUGGGAGACCUCCAUCUCAAUAUGGGGAUCAAUAUAAGCGAGUGGCCGCAUUCCAAGGCGAUAUGAACAUUCAUGCACCCCGCAGACUGGCUAGUCAGGCCUGGUCAGCUCACAAUGUGUCAGUGUAUAGCUACGUGUUUGACGUGUUCAAGCCCGGGGCCGCUCCAUUUGCUGGCCCAUAUGUUGGGGCCAAUCACGGCUCAGAAAUUCCCUAUGUGUUCCACAACGUUGAGGAAGUUGGUGAUAUCGCAGAUGCAAAGCCCAAUCAAGUGCCACUUAGCAGCCGCCAACGCCUGAGCACUAUAAUGUCAAGUAUGUGGGUCAGUUUUGUGACGAUGCUGGAUCCAAAUAUCCCCGGAGAAUAUGCCACUAAAUGGCCUGUAUAUGACACGGACGACCAGAAAAUUAUCCUUUUCAACAUCAAUGUUACGAGCCUGGCGUAUGAGGACUUGGAUGUCUAUCGUGCAGAAGGCAUAAAGUACAUAAGCGAUCGACUUGAAAGUAUCGGGCGUUGA